AAUGAAGACAUUUCUAACCUUGAGUAGCUGAGGAUUAAAUGACUUCUUAAAUAAGCUCCACCAUGAGACGAGGUGCAUGGAGGAGGAGGCGAGCUGAAAAUGAUGGCUGGGAAAAAUGGGGUGAGUAUAUGGCUUCCAAGGUCCAGAAAUUGGAGGAACAGUUUCGAUCAGAUACUGCUUUACAGAAGGAUGGAACUUCAUCUGCGAUUUUUAGUGGAGUUGCCAUCUAUGUUAAUGGAUAUACAGAUCCUUCUGCUGAGGAGUUGAGAAAGCUAAUGAUGUUGCAUGGAGGUCAAUACCAUUUGUAUUAUUCCAGAUCCAAAACAACACACAUUAUUGCCACAAAUCUUCCUAAUGCCAAAAUUAAAGAAUUAAAAGGAGAAAAAGUAAUUCGGCCAGAAUGGAUUGUGGAAAGCAUCAAAGCUGGACGUCUCCUUUCCUACAUUCCAUAUCAGCUGUACACCAAGCAGUCCAGUGUGCAGAAAGGUCUCAAUUUUAAUCCUGUAUGCAAACCUGAGGAUCCCAUGCCUGGUCCAAGCAAUAUAGCCAAACAGCUCAACAACAGGGUAAAUCACAUAAUUAAGAAGAUUGAGGCAGAAAAUGAAGUCAGAGUCAAUGGAACAAAUAGUUGGAAUGAAGAAGAUGCAAAUAAUGGUUUUAGUUUUGUGGAGCUUGAACAGCUCUUUCCAGGAAGGAAACAAAAUGGAAUUCCCCAUCACAGAGACAGCUCUGCCAUUUUUAAUGGACACACUCAUAGCUCUAAUGGUGCCUUAAAGACCCAGGAUUGCUUGGUGCCCAUGGGCAACAGUGUUGCCAGCAGGCUUUCUCCAGACUCUAUCCAAGAGGAGAAGGCUGAGAACAGCACGGACUUCAGAGACUGCCUCAUGCAGCAGCUGCAGCAGAGCCCUAGAAGCACAGAUGCUUUGCGGAGUCCACACAGAACUAAUUCCUUCCCCUUAUCAUCUUUGCACAGUCACACUAGAAUAAAUGGCGCUCACCACUCCACUGUUCAGGGGCCUUCAAGCACAAAAAGCACUUCUUCAGGACCUACUCUUAGCAAGGCAGCACCUUCAAUGCCCUCCAGACCCUCAGACUGCAAUUUUAUCUCAGACUUCUUUUCCCGUUCAAGACUGCAUCACAUAUCAACGUGGAAGUGUGAAUUGACAGAGUUUGUCAAUACCCUACAAAGACAAAGUAGUGGUAUCUUUCCAGGAAGAGAAAAGUUAAAAAAAAUGAAAACAGGCAGGUCCUCACUUGUUGUAACUGACACAGGAAAUAUGUCAGUAUUGAGUUCACCCAGACAUCAGAGCUGUAUAAUGCAUGUUGAUAUGGAUUGCUUCUUUGUAUCAGUGGGUAUACGAAAUAGACCAGAUCUCAAAGGAAAACCAGUGGCUGUCACAAGUAACAGAGGAACAGGAAGGGCACCUUUACGUCCUGGUGCCAACCCUCAGCUGGAGUGGCAGUAUUACCAGAAUAAAAUCCUGAAAGGCAAAGCAGCAGAUAUACCGGAUUCAUCAAUGUGGGAGAAUCCAGAUUCUGUACAAACAAAUGGAAUUGAUUCUGUUUUGUCAAAGGCUGAGAUUGCAUCUUGUAGUUAUGAAGCCAGACAACUUGGCAUUAAGAAUGGAAUGUUUUUUGGGCACGCUAAACAACUUUGUCCUAAUCUUCAAGCUGUCCCAUAUGAUUUUCAUGCAUAUAAGGAAGUUGCACGCACAAUGUAUGAGACAUUGGCAAGCUAUACACAUAACAUUGAAGCUGUCAGUUGUGAUGAAGCACUUGUGGACAUUACUGAAAUCCUUGCAGAGACAAGACUUACUCCUGAUGAAUUUGCAAAUGCUGUCCGUAUGGAAAUCAAAGAUCAGACUAAGUGUGCUGCCUCUGUUGGAAUUGGUUCUAAUAUUCUUCUGGCUAGAAUGGCAACUAGAAAAGCAAAACCAGAUGGCCAGUACCACUUAAAACCAGAAGAAGUAGAUGAUUUUAUUAGAGGUCAGCUAGUUACUAAUCUACCAGGAGUUGGACGGUCGAUGGAAUCUAAGUUGACAUCUCUGGGAAUUGGAACUUGUGGGGACCUGCAGUCUCUUACCAUGGCACAGCUCCAAAAAGAAUUUGGUCCCAAAACAGGUCAGAUGCUUUAUAGGUUCUGCCGUGGUUUGGAUGACAGACCAGUUCGAACUGAAAAGGAAAGAAAAUCUGUUUCAGCUGAGAUCAACUAUGGAAUAAGGUUUACCCAGCCAAAAGAAGCCGAAGCUUUUCUUCUGAAUCUUUCAGAAGAAAUUCAACGACGACUUGAAGCUGCUGGGAUGAAGGGCAAACGCCUGACUCUCAAAAUCAUGGUACGAAAGCCAGGAGCCCCUGUUGAAACAGCAAAAUUUGGAGGCCAUGGAAUUUGUGAUAACAUUGCCAGGAGCGUAACUCUUGACCAGGCAACAGAUAGUGCAAAAAUAAUUGGAAAGGCCACACUAAACAUGUUUCAUAUGAUGAAACUAAACAUAUCGGACAUGAGAGGGGUUGGGAUUCAUGUAAAUCAGUUGGUCCCUACUAAUCCAAACCCUCAGUCGAGCCACUUUCCUGGUGGGUCACACUCUGUCCUUGACCUCUUCCAAGUUCAAAAAGCUAAGAAAUCUACAGAAGAGGAGCACAAGGAAGUAUUUCUAGCUGCUAUGGAUCUGGAAAUAUCUUCUGCCUCUAGAACUUGCACUUUCUUGCCAUCUUUUUCUACACACCUGACAUCAAGUAUCAACCCUGUUACUAGCAAAGCCGAGUCUUCAGGGAAAUGGAAUGGUCUGCAUUCUCCCAUAAGUUUAAAAUCAAGACUUAACCUGAGUAUAGAGGUCCCAUCACCUUCCCAGCUCGAUCAGUCUGUUCUGGAAGCACUUCCACCUGAUCUCCGGGAACAAGUAGAGCAAGUCUGUGCUUUUCAGCAAGGAGAGCCACAUGGCAGCAGAAAGAACGAACCAGCAAAUGGCUGUAAUACAGGAAUUUUGCCACAACCAGUUGGGACAGUUUUGUUACAAAUACCAGAACCUCAAGAAUCUAAUAGUGACACAGGAAUUAAUGUAAUAGCCCUUCCAGCAUUUUCACAGGUGGACCCUGAGGUGUUUGCUGCCCUUCCGUCUGAGCUUCAGAAGGAGCUGAAAGCAGCAUAUGAUCAACGACAGAGGCAGGGAGAGAACCCCAGUCUGCAGCAGCAGCCAGCCAGUACGUUGGUGCCAAAGAACCCAUUACUUCAGCUAAAACCAACAACAGUGAAAGAAAAGAAGAGAAGAAACAAGAAAAGACAUCCCAUCAGUUCCCCAAAAAAGAUUCAGAGUCCUUUGAAAAACAAGCAGCUUAAUAGUCCUGCAAAAAGUUUGCCAGGGGCCUCUGGGAGUCCCCAGAAAUUAAUUGAUGGGUUUCUCAAACAUGAAGGUCCUGCUUCUGAGAAACCUCUGGGAGAAUGCUCUGCUUCAACUUCAGGAGUGCUAGGCCUUUCUGGUCUGCAGCCCGACCCAUCUGGCAGUGUUAGACCCCCAGCUCCAAACCUGGCAGGAGCUGUGGAAUUCAGUGACGUGAAGACCUUGCUCAAAGAAUGGAUCACUACCAUUUCAGAUCCAAUGGAAGAAGACAUUCUGCAGGUCGUGAAAUACUGUACUGAUCUAAUUGAAGAAAAAGAUUUGGAGAAACUGGACCUAGUUAUAAAAUACAUGAAAAGGUUGAUGCAGCAGUCGGUAGAAUCAGUUUGGAAUAUGGCAUUUGACUUUAUUCUCGACAAUGUUCAGGUGGUUUUACAACAAACUUAUGGAAGCACGUUAAAAGUCACAUAAAUAUCACCAGGGAGCCUGGCUCUCCCCUAGCUGUGCCAUAAGUGCUUGUGAGGUAUUUGCAAAGUGCAUGAUCGUACUGCUCUGAGUUUUUUUAUAAGUUUGAAUUUCUUUUUAAGCAAGCGUUUUGUACAUUUCUUUUCAAUAAGUGCCAAAUUUGUCAGUAUUGCAUGUAAAUAACUGUGUUAAUUCUUUUACUGUAGUAUAGAUUCUAUUUACAAAAUGUUUGUUUAUAAAGUUUUAUGGAUUUUUACAGUGAAGUGUUUACAGUUGUUUAAUAAAGAACUGUAUGUAUAUUUUGUACAGGC